AUGCUCGCUUCACUGGUGCCCCACCAAGCAUUCUCGCUCACACGUCUUGUCUAUCCUACGUUAAAGGGACUUUUAAUCUUUGUCACCAAAUUCACCCCAUUAGAAGUUCUCUGUAGCAAAGACCUCAUGCAUUCGUGUCCAGUCUGCCUCAAAAACUUCUCUCGCAAAGACAGCUUCAACCGCCACAUGAAGUUGCAUGAGGCAGGUCGAAGUGAAAAGAGGUGGUCUUGCGAUCGUUGUCAACGAUCCAAAAUCAAGUGUUCUGCUGAUCGACCAAAAUGCCUGGCUUGCCAUCGCAGUUCUGCCGCUUGCACAUAUCCAACCAGGUCGCCAGCUGGCCGUAUCACGAAAGAUUCGAGUCAGACAUCCAAACCGACGCCAACCACGUCGGCAACGGAGCUGUGGGAUGCUUCAAUCACGGAUAUAAUACCCAACCCGCCAGACUUCACCACGCCGUCAAUGAAUUGGGCUUCUGACGGACAGCAACUAACGUCUGACCCGUCGCCUCAGCAAACACUCGAUCUUUUCGGAAGUAUGGGACCUCAUAGAAACUUCUCAGAGGAUCUGUUCCAUGAUUACGAAGUGCAUGACCUUGAUUGGAUCUUUCAAAACAUCUGUGAGGAUGAUGAAAUCAACUUUCCCAGUCCCGCGGCAGAGCGAGACCUUCAUAAUUUCUCGACUUCUUCAGCCUCAUUGGCCGAAACGCCUCUAAACGCUCAAGAACCUGCAUCAACCUACCAAGAGAACGGUCCGAGCUCGGAAAACUGGCUGUUGGACCAUGCAAUGCUACCAGGGCGACCGCUCGCUAUUCCGAAGCUAGGAGCAGAUCGAGUGGAUCAUCAAGCCUUGGGCUCUCACUACCAAAUCGAACGCAUGACCCAGUUAGACAGAGAACGAGUCCAGCACUAUAUCAAAUUAUCCCUCGAACGACCCUUAUGGAAGAGCAUUGCAACCGAUUAUUUUCCAUCCAAGGAGAAACUCGACCAUUGUAUUGACCUAUUCUUCGCCAAUUGGCGUCCGGCUGUCAGUUUCGUUCAUCGGCCCACCUUCGAUCCAAACGGCGCCCCUGAGCUUCUCGUGCUUGUAAUAGCAAGUAUCGGUGCCCGCUUCACACGAUUGAGCGGCGCCCCCCAGUUCGCAACAGCUCUCGCCGAAAUCGUUCGGCGUCUUUCCAUAUCAGUGGUGGAGUCCGAUCCUGACAUCAUCAAGUCGGAACCAUAUUUAACCGCACAACUGUUACUGGGAAAAUACGGCUACUGCAGUGGCGAUCGAACCCUCUUCAACAACAGCGAGUCGGUACGAUGCUCUUUGGUCCGUCAUGCAAGGAACACAGGUUUAUUUUCUCCCUACAAGCCAACACGAACGGUAGAAAACAACACCCAAUCUCAAUGGGCGGCAUGGAUCUAUUCCGAGCGUCGAAAACGACUUGGCUGGGCAAUAUAUGAGUUUGAUGCCUCGGUUUCAUUCCUUCACAAUCGACGUCCAACAAUGAGCGUAGGUGAUAUCCGACUCAGUCUGCCCGAGGAUGCUGCCCGCUGGGAAGCGACGUCAGCCCAUGCUUGGAAGGCUCUUGUUCCUCGAACAUCGACUUUCAAUGACCCAGUUAGUUUCCGCAUCGCUAUGCGAAGUUCCUUUGACACCAAGCUCGCCUUGGACAUUGAGCUCCGAGAUCCCCAACAUUUUCACCUGAUGGUGAUAACGCUGGCUCGAUUCCUCUGGUCUAUUAAGGAGUUGCAGAAUUCCCCUCUCAUGGACGUUGUGCCGGAACAAUGGCCUCUCGUAGCGCACAAAAAUAACCUUCUAGAAACGAUGGACAAUUACUCAACCUCGCUAAGCAACCUUCGAGCGACGGUCGAUGAAAAAGAGCUGGCCCUUCAGGUUGAACGGACAUCAAUUAUCCACAUAUGCCAUCUGUACGGUGCCAGUGAUCUCAUGGAUUGGCUUCCCGCCUUGCUGCGCACAUCGGGGAUGAAUAUGGCAGCCAAAGAACGGAUGAAAAUCUGGGGUCAAGAAGACCCGAUCAGGCUGCGGAAAGUAGCUUAUCACAGUGCCCAGAUCAUGGCCAUUAGUCGAGAUUUCCCAUUCAAUGCCCCCUACGAACCAUUUCAUCUAUUUUACGCCGGUGUGGCUCUCUGGUGCGUCGCGUCAUUACUCGCCGAACCAAAACACGACCAUGUCGACCACGACAACCACGACAACCAACGGCCAAUUUUUCUAGACCGUCCCGUCACGACCGGAGAUGUUGAGCACCUGCGGAUAUCGAAAUGGAUUCAAGAAGGCGGAGAUCAUGUCAUAGUCGGUGUUUAUGGAGUUCCAGUUUUAGGCAAUCCGCAUAGCCCCGUGCAAGCACUGAAUGAAACGAUUCGAAUUCUUCAGGACAUGCGCAGCUGGGAUUUGUCGAUGGCUUUUGUGAAUGUCCUACGGCAGCUGCUGAAUAGAGAGUCGGCGCACUUGCAAACCCAUCAUCAUCAGAUAGGUGGAGCGAUGCGCUAG